AUGUCAGCUUACCACGGAAGUGGUGGCACGGAGUGUCAAGGUCCACUUCCAACUGGACACCUACGUCAGCCUUGGCAACAUAAUGGCCCGGAUACAAUAGCAAUAGCUGUGGUGAGGUGGGGCGGACUUGCACAAAAACUGAUGACGAGCAAGAGACCAUAUCAACACUGUAGGCAGGCUCCAGAGUUGAUUAUAAAAUCAAUGAAAGCAUUAGAGAUUAAUAACAACCCGUUGUCUGUCCGUCUGAACAAGGUGCGUCUUCACCAAUCGACGCUUUGUUUGGCGAGCCUCGUGAGAGUGAACUCGGUUGUGAUUGGAAAAUUGGCAAUUACAUUGCCUCCCAGUCAACUGUGA